AUGUUUACUCCAUACAGCGGUGCACAGGAAUGGUACCUCCCCGGCUGGAGAGUAGAACCAAAAUACUCCACUAAAGUGCUCAUUGGCAACUGGCUGGAAGAAAGGGGAAAGUUUAGACAAGAUCCCGAGAAAACCUGCAAGAGCAUCUAUGGAAAAGACUACGUUCGCUUCCCCACUGAGGCACCAGACCGGACAGUGAUGAGGAAAAAUAUGAAGAAACUGGAAGGGCUGCCCAAGAAACAUGUAUUGACGCACCACAACGAAGCCAACUACCGACACUUGGUAACGCAAUACGAUGAGAAUUUCAUUCGGCAUAGCUGUAACCCUUUGCUGCCUCCCCUUCGCAAAUGGAGCAGACACAAAAUGGGUUGGGUUCCUGAGAAAUCGGAUUUCCCACUUGUCGAGCCUCCCACAAACUAUGGCCUUUUUGAGCAUCUCACGAGGAAAUGGAAGCAGAAAGACCCAACCGUGAUGAGCAGCGUCUACACCGUUUCCUACCUCAAGCCUCCGGUUUCUGCUUACCCCGCCCACCCCCGCCCCGUCACCACUCGCCUCCUGAAGUCCAGCCACGAGCAUUUGCGCCCGAGAACUAUCGAUGCUUAUCUGUGA